CAUCCCCGGCCCCCCUGCUGGCACAUCCCGGCUGCGCACGCACGCACGCCUGCGGUGGGGGCGGGGGAUGGGCCCGUCGGGUGGUCCAGCGCCGCCGGGCAGGCGUGGGAAGAGAGAUCUAGGCGCCCCGCCCCGGUCUCUGUGACGUUGGCGCCGGAACCUGGAAUCCUGGCUUCAAUAGCGAAGAACCAGAGGCAGCUGCGGCUGCCGGAGUGCGUCUCCGGCGGCCUCUCCGGGGCGCGGGGCGCAGCCAUGAACGAGUCCAGUACCACGGCGCUCCGGUCAGGCAGAUCCAGGAGGGAAUCCUUCAUCCACCCAGGGGCACUGCUCUUAGAAGGGGACCUGCAGGGCCCUGAUGUGACCCGGUUUGGAUUGACCCUACCUGCCAGGUGGAACUUGGUCUGGGCCUUUGGAGCAAGGAACACCUGGAAGGGUGAAGGAAUUAAAACUAAACAGCCCCUUUAGACUCCUCCUGUGAGGGGACUUGGACCUGUUUUUCUUUUGUUUUUUAAAGAUAAAUGAAUGGAACCUGUGGCGGAGCUGCCUGGCCUAGAGAGCCUCUCUUUGGACUCCAGUUGCUUCGCUUCUUCACCUGUGAAUUUCCUCCAAGAAUUGCCAAGCUACCGGUCCAUUGCACGCAAGAGGACAAACAUCCUUUCCCGAGACAAGCAAUGUGGCACUUUGCUGAAGCCAGAAGACUCUUACAGCUCCCAGCUGGAGGAAGGACUCACUGAAAACCUCAAUAGCCAAUCCAUUCGAAACUAUGCACUGAACAUCUCUGAGAAGAGGAGACUAAGGGACAUUCAGGAAACCCAGAUGAAGUAUUUAUCUGAGUGGGACCAAUGGAAACGGUAUAGCAGCAAGUCUUGGAAGAGGUUCAGAGAGAAGGCUCGGGAGAUGGCGGCCCACCUGGAGCUGUGGCGGGAGGACAUCCGCAGCAUAGAUGGGAAAUUUGGCACUGGCAUUCAGUCGUAUUUCUCCUUCUUACGGUUUCUGGUGUUGCUGAAUUUAGUGAUCUUUCUGAUCAUCUUUCUGCUGGUUUUGCUGCCCAUCUUGCUCACCGAAUACAAGAUUACCAACAGCAGCUUUGUGUUCAUUCCAUCCAAAGCCAUGGAUACUCAGUGCACAGUCUACCCCAGAAGCAGCUCUGGACUGGUUUACUUUUACACUUACAUCAUAGACUUGCUCUCUGGCACUGGUUUCUUGGAGGAGACCAGCCUCUUUUAUGGGCGUUACACCAUUGACGGGGUGAAAUUUCAGAACUUCACCUAUGAUCUGCCCCUGGCUUAUUUGUUAAGCACAAUUGCCUACCUGGCGCUGAGCCUUCUUUGGAUCGUGAAGAGGUCGGUGGAGGGCUUCAAAAUCAGCCUGAUCCGGAGUGAGGAACAUUCUCAGAGUUACUGCAACAAGAUCUUUGCCGGCUGGGACUUCUGUAUCACCAGCCGCAGCAUGGCUGACCUGAAACACAGCAGUCUGCGAUAUGAGCUUCGAGCCGACCUGGAGGAAGAAAGAAUACGGCAGAAAAUAGCAGAAAGGACCUCAGAAGAAACAAUACGGAUUUACUCUUUGAGACUGUUUUUGAACUGUAUUGUGCUGGCCGUCCUAGCAGCAUGCUUUUAUGCAAUCUAUAGAGCAACUAUAUUCUCGCAGGAACACAUGAAAAAAGAAAUUGACAAGAUGAUUUUUGGAGAGAACCUCUUGAUAUUGUACCUGCCUUCUAUCGUGAUCACGCUGGCCAAUUUUGUCACCCCAAUGAUCUUCGCCAAGAUCAUCCACUAUGAGGAUUAUUCCCCAGGCUUUGAGAUCCGGCUGACAAUCCUUAGGUGUGUCUUCAUGCGGCUGGCCACCAUCUGUGUGCUGGUCUUCACCCUAGGCUCCAAGAUCACAUCCUGUGAUAACAACUCGUGUGAGCUUUGUGGCUACAACCAAAAACUCUACCCGUGCUGGGAGACCCAAGUUGGGCAGGAAAUGUACAAGCUGAUGAUCUUUGAUCUCAUUAUCAUCUUGGCCAUGACGCUUUUUGUGGAUUUUCCUAGAAAGCUCCUGGUGACCUACGGUUCCUCUUGGAAGCUGAUGCAGUGCUGGGGACAGCAGGAAUUUGCCAUUCCUGACAAUGUUCUGGGGAUCGUUUAUGGGCAAACCAUUUGCUGGAUCGGAGCCUUUUUCUCACCCCUUCUCCCUGCCAUUGCAACCUUGAAAUUCAUUGUCAUCUUCUAUGUGAAAGAGAUGAGUCUUAUUCAUACCUGCAGACCGUCCCCAAAGCAGUUCAGAGCAUCCAACUCCAAUUUCUUCUUCCUGUUGGUGCUGUUGAUUGGACUGUGUUUGGCAAUAAUACCUCUGACAAUCAGCAUGGCACACAUCCCUUCCUCGAAAGCCUGCGGGCCAUUCACCAACUUCAACACCACGUGGGAUGUGGUCCCCAAGACGGUGAGCACCUUCCCUAGCUCGCUGCAGUCCCUGCUCCACGGCGUCACGUCCGAAGCCUUUGCAGUGCCUUUUUUCAUGAUCAUCUGCCUCAUUAUGUUUUAUUUCAUCGCCCUGGCCGGAGCACACAAACGGGUGGUCGUCCAGCUCCGAGAGCAGCUGUCCCUGGAAAGUCGCGACAAGCGUUAUUUAAUCCAGAAACUAACGGAAGCCCAGCGGGAUGUGAGGAAGUGAUUCGACUGGUGGUGAACACACUGCUGCCUGUUGCGUAUAAGCUGACUUAGUGACCUGCCAAGCCUACAACGCCCACCUGCGUUUUAAGAGAAAUGUUUGAAAAUAUUUUUUCUGGAGUUCGGCCCUUUCCUGAAGGUGCGUGCAGCUCCGGUGGCCGUGUUUACACAACGCAGCCUGUACUUAGGGCUUUAGUGACUUAAAAAAGCAGGUUCAAACACCAAGUCUUUGCCUGUUGACCAGCCACUCAGUGACUCUACCAAACAACUGACUUAUGAAGCCGUUGAAGCUUUUAUACCAAAAAUGGAGGAGGAGACCUUUUGUAUUUGUGAAAGCGUCUGUGUGUCAUCUUUUAACGUCAGCUGUAGAGAUCAUCCGUUCAUGAGGCUGGUUCUAGGGGUUUAGGCUGAGAAGUGUUCCUUAAGAAGCAGUGGUGACCCUUUGAAUGGUUCUGUAGACUUAAAAUGAGACCUCCUUUUUUUUUUUUUAAUGAAGAUAAAGCCUUGAAUCAUGAUGUUUGGAACAGACAGUGGCUACAUGGAGGAGGAUGCUUAUGUAGUUUCAGCGACUGAGUGAUGAGAGAGAAAAGCCAUUCCUGCCGUGUAAGUCUCUGAAUGGCCUAGACGAAGCCUUCGGAGGAGAAGGGUUGCUACAGGAUGGCAGCAACGAUUGGUCAGCUCCUGGGGCCUUCUGCCACCACCUUAUUACUCAGGAAAGCUGCCUUCAAGGGGCUGGAUAUUCACAAGCCUUCAGUUCCCUUCUAGGGCUGACUUCAGAGACUUGGCAGAAGGCCUUGUGCCAUCCACAUUAAGAGGCAGACAGAAUUUGUCUCUCACUCUUCCAAAUGCCAUUUCCCUUCCAGCACUGAGGUCUCUGUUUCUGAAGCACAGUCAUUUCAGAGCCAGGCUGGAAAAGGCUCUGUAGUAUUUAUUUGAGUCGUGGGUUUCUGUGCAAAAGUGUUUGGGGGAUGUGUAUUGCACGUCUGCCUGUGCCAGUGGACCAAUCUAGACUGAAUAUUCGUUUCUUAAAUACACAUAUACAUAUUUUAAGGGUUACCAUUAGUUGUGCUUAAAAUUUUAAAUGCAUGUGCCUUUAUGUGAUAAAACAUGCAAUCUCAAGAUUUCCGUUACAGUAAAAAGUAUGCACUAAAUACCUCAUCAUAAGCUUACCGAAAGU